AUGGAAAGGUACGUCGUCCGUCACGGAGUGCUCCUAUUGCCAUGUUUGCUUUUCUGCAAGAAGGCGUCGUACCCACGCUGUACCAUUCUCUGUACUCAGACGCAGACCCCGGAUACUUGCGGCUGCUGCAGGCGUGGUGGGAUGCCCCGGACAGUUGCAGGCUGGCAGCAUCACGGACAAUGA